AUGGCUACACCUCGCACCGGAGUAGCCCAGGCCAUGGGCCACGGUAACGCCCUAUCACAGCUGCAGCCUGCGCAGGUCCGCACGCUGCGCGACAGCUUCCAGAUCCUCGAUCGCGAUUGUGAUGGAGUUAUCAACAGAGAGGACGUAGCCGAGAUGCUGCAGCAGCUUGGACUUCCCUCCGGUCACUCAGAUGUCGGCCGAUUCUUCCCACCAUCUAAAGCACAAACAAUUACCCUGGCGGCAUUUUUGAAUUCACUAGCUGAAAUUCUUGCAGCCCUGUCAGAUAGCACUGAGCUCCUCUCUGCCUUUUCAGCCUUUGACGACGACGAUAGCGGCCAGAUUGACUGGGCGGAGCUGCGGGACGCGCUUGUGAAUACAGCCCCGGAGCCUGGCGUGAGGCCUCUCACCGCAGCUGACGUAGACUCUGCUGUCAGCGGAUUCACUGGCCGUCGCGCCUUCAACAGAAAUAUGAAUGCACAGCUGGGGGCGAAGCGCGGUGACGUGUUUAGAUAUAAUGACUUUGUCAACUCUAUCGCGGGAGCGAGUACAUCUGGGGAGGCAGCAGCCAGCAGCAAUGCGGCGACAUAG